AUGCGCAACCCCUCCGGCCGCUCUCCCGCCGGGUGCACUCUCAUCGGCAUCCUCGCUAUGCUCGCGGCGCCGGCCGACGCGGUCCGCUGUGUCACUCCUGCCUGCCAGUGCGAAGCGCUCAAGGCGGUGUAUUCGGACCUGCAGAUCUCAGACAUCCACACAGGGUUCCCGGGCACGGAGGCCGACUGCUGCAAGCUGUCCGACGUGCGCUGCAACGACGCCGGCGGCAUCACGGACCUCAAGCUGCGGGGCGGCACCUCGACGCCCUCCGGCGUGAUCCCGCUCGAGGGCGUGAUCCCGCUCGAGUCGCUCAAGGGCCUUGUCGAGCUCAACAGGCUCGACCUCGGCAAGGACAGCUCCUCCUCCAUCUCGGGGACGAUCCCGGGCUCGCUCGCGACAGACAUGGACCUGAGGCAGAUUGAAGUGAUCGACUUCUCCAACAGCGGCCUCUCCGGCACCAUCUCUGACGGCCUGCGCCGCUCAAAGAGCCUCCGCUUCCUCGAGCUCUCGCGCGCCGGCGUCUCGGGCACGGGCUUGGACGACCUCUCGCCGGGCAUGAUGGCGCUCCUCCUCCUCUUCUGCCUGAGCGGCGCCGGCGCCGCGGUCCACCUCGUGAGGCGCUCGCUCGCGCCGAGGAAGUCGAUCGCAGAGGCGGCUGCGAUGGCGCUCGAGAUGCAGGUGGGGGACAUCAAGGUCGUGAAGUGAUGUGCCGGAGGAGGGUUGCGAGUUCGGGCCGGCCCAACUCCAUUCGGGCCCACAGCGCAGCUUGAGCGCAGCAUGUGUGCACGUGUGUGGGUGUUGACUGUGCUCUGUGGGGCCAUCACCGGGCCUUCGAGCAGCAACCAGCAUAUACGCACCCCUUGGGGUUGCGUUCGCGCAGUGGCGACGGACGGGGAGUCACAGCCCUCACACUGACACGGUGUUCUCUCUUUUUCUCUCUCGCCGUGAGGGGGGUGCGGGUGGGUUUCACCAUGCUUGUGCUACACACAUUCAUUCCACAAGCACAUAGUACAGUAAAUAUAAUUACACAGUAAAAU